AUGAAGUCGAACAAGGCAACCGGUCCUGAUGACAUACCUGCUGAUGUCUGGAAGCUGCUAGGAGAUCGAGGGUCCAUGUGGCUCGCAACUCUAUUUAACAAGAUCGUUGCAGAAGGACGGACUCCAGACGUUUGGCAAACUUCCGUGACCGUGUCUGUCUGGAAAGGGAAAGGAGACAUUACUGACUGCACUUCGUACAGGCCUAUACGACUGCUGUGCCAUACGAUGAAGGUUUUUGAGCGUUUCCUGGAUGCUCGUUUGAGGAAAAUUGUCAGCGUUUUACUCAACCAGUGCAGCUCUGUGAAAGACUGCAGCACUAUAGAUGCUAUCCAUGCUGUCCGAAUCCUCCUGGAGAAACAUCGAGAGAAGAACCGCAGUGUGCAUCUUGCUUUUCUCGAUCUCGAGAAAGCUUUCGACCGUGUCCCACAUGAGCUGUUAUGGAUGUCCAUGAGGUCGCAUAGAGUACCAGAAGAAUAUGUGCGGUGGACUAAGUUACUUUAUGCGAAGCCUACCUGCGUUGUACGAUGUGCUGCCGGAGCAAGCAGGCCAUUCCCUGUACAAGUAGGGGUUCAUCAGGGUUCAUCCCUCUCACCUCUGCUGUUCAUACUGUGCAUGGACACGAUAACGAAGGAAAUCCAGAAGCAGCAUCCGUGGACUCUACUCUUUGCCGACGAUGUCAUGCUCGCGGCGGAGUCUCGAGAUGAUCUUCAGAAACAAGUACAGUCUUGGAAGGAUCAGCUGCAGCAAUAUGGAUUGCGCCUCAACACAUCAAAAACGGAGUACAUGGAGUGCGGACCAAGGGUAGAGGAUGGUUCAAUUCGUGUCGAUGGCACCGAAUUAAACAAGGUGAACUGUUUCAAGUACCUUGGAUCCAAAGUGACUUCCACAGGCGACAUUGAUCAAGAAGGUCGAGCACGUGUUAAUGCUGCAUGGAUGAAGUGGAAAAUGGCAACAGAGGUACUGUGCGACAAGGAAGUCCCUGUUCGACUGAAGUCGAAGAUCUACAGGACGGCUGUGCGUCCUGUUGCCCUUUACGGAUGCGAGUGCUGGCCGACGACGAAAGCCUUGGAAAGAGUGCUGCACGCUAUGGAGAUGCGCAUGUUAAGGUGGACAAUAGGUGUAACGCUAAAAGAGAAAGUAUCCAACGACACUGUGCGCUGCAUCUUCGGCGUCGUCCCGAUAACUGAGAAGAUGAAGGAGGCCCGACUGAGAUGGUUCGGUCACGUCUUGCGGCGAGAGGAAGAUUCUGUGACCCAAACCGCACUGAAGCUCGACAUUUCAGGAGUGAGGCCGCGUGGGAGGCCAAAGAUUCACUGGUUAUACCGUGUGAAGCUGGAUAUGAUAGAUGCACGUUUGUGUACGGCUGAUGCAAUGGAUAGAACCAAAUGGAAGACAAGAAGCAGAAAAGCGGACCCUGCAACAACGCGGGACAAACGCUAG